UAUAAUUUGUGAAUUAGGCCUGCAGAAUUAUUCAGAAAUAAUAAUCAUCACAUCCUUAAAUAAUUAGUUUUUUUUUAAGCAUAAUAAAGUGAGCUUGAUCUAGGUAGUUUAAUGCAAGCUUUACCUAGGUGUAACUUUCAGGCCCUGAACCGCUUCGGAUGCGUACCGGUCCGUGGAAGGUGUACGGGUGGCAUCGAGGUUGGAAAGUAUACAUUUUUGUUAUGGUAGCAUCCAAUCAUUACUUAAGUGAAAAGAGGGUGAAGGGCUCAUGCAACCAUUCCCUGAAGGCAUUUAUCAGUGAGAGAGGACAGACUAGUGCUGACAGCCUGAGGGGGAAAAGUGACAAGAACAAAAAAACUAAUAUGGAAAGGUUAUUUUGUCUUAUGUAAAGCUUUUUUUUUAAUUCCUGCAUAAGAUUUCCAUUAAUGCAUGCCCUUAAAGGACGGCCGGAGCCGGUUCGGACGAGAGUCGAGAGCGACCUCACCGAGCGUCCGGUCCUGCUCGUUCGGCAAGUUUGUACGGGAGUGGAGGUGUGAAAGGACGACAGGGACCCAUGCCGACGGCAAGAGUCCUUUGUGUAGGGGGCGAUUGGAACCGAGGAUGAUGCGAGAGGAAUUUUCAUUCGAGUCCUCGUGGAUUACGAUGCAAGGUCGAGGUAUAGGGUUGUUAUUGCCAAUUCAUGGAGUACUGAUAGGUGGAUUACAAGUAUUUACUCAUUCAAUCUUGGCUUUGAGUGGGUAAAUAAGAAUUAUAAACUGUGACAUCAGAAUAAACUCUGAAAGAACUCAAAAUUUCCACAGAGUCGUGCGCAAUCGGUACGUCGGGCGUGAAGACGUUCGAGGAGUGCUUGGCUUUUGUCCAUGAAAAUGAUGGAAAAGAGGAAUCUUAAUGAGGGUCAGUGACCAAAAUGUCUCCUACCUGGUUACUUUAUAUUCACUUGCAUCCGACCACAUGCGUUGCAGUGAUCUUUCUGUUUCUUCCCAAGAGGCAGAAAUUAACAGAGAAAAUGCAUUAGACUCAUUUAGGAAAUAAGCCAAGGCUGUAGGUUAUUCGACGCUCUCGAGAUAAGGUCAUCAUUGGAUUGCAGUACUUAAGAAAUCGGCCUUCGGGGGAACUUGGGAAACGGCUAAUUGCCUUCCUCACGAAGCCCUCCCCUCGUUCCCAGACGUGAGCGAUUCCCGCGAUUCUCUCUUGCAGGACGUGGAUGCCCCGCGAUGGACCCCUCGCCCCAGCGGGUCACGGGGUAGUCGCCCCGGCGGGCCACGUGGUCUUCGCCCCGCGACCGCAUCCGACCGAGCGAAUGCGCGUUCCCGGUGCCUCCGCCUGCGUCGACGCGAUCGAGCCGCGCGGCACCGCGAACAUGAAGGUGGUCGUGUGCUUCGGGCCCGUGAAAGUCGUGGUCCCCUGCCGGAACGGGAGCAUGCUGGUGCAGGAUCUCAUCAACGAAGCCGUCCGUCGGUACAAGAAAGCCACCAACAAGAGGCGGUUGAUCAUGUCGGAAAGGGAAUGGGAAAUGCUGGCGUCUCGCAUCACCGGUGAAGGGGAUUCACCCGUCCCGUCGGCGUGCCUUCCUCCGAGGGAUUAUUAUUCAGGCGUGCGAGGGGAGGAGAAGGGCAGCCGGCUUCCCCCAGUCUGGAAUCGGAUCCGGUCCGGGUCUGGUCUCGUCCGGUGUCGUCUCGGCCCUCUUCCUCAUGUGCACCAUUCGGAUCUACGUGGAACACGUGAGUGUCGAACGGUCGUUCGCCUCGGCGGCGUCGAUCGAAUGCGACCCCCCGCGGUCCUCCGGCCCGGAGGUCACAGGUGCGUGUUCGAUUCGGAGUCGGCGUAG